AUGAAUCUUACUAACGGUAAAGGAUCCAUUUCUACGGUUACUACUACGACUGUUUCUAUGAAAUCCGGCGAAGGUUCCGAUCAGUUUCCGGCGGGUCUCCGAGUUCUUGUUGUGGAUGAUGAUCCCACGUGUCUGAAAAUCCUCGAGAAGAUGCUAAGGUCGUGUUAUUAUGAAGUUACUCAGUGCAAUCGAGCCGAAGCUGCACUUUCGCUACUCAGGGAGAACAAGAAUGGAUUUGACAUUGUUAUCAGUGAUGUCCAUAUGCCAGACAUGGAUGGAUUUAAGCUCUUGGAACACAUUGGAUUGGAAAUGGAUCUUCCGGUUAUUAUGAUGUCCGCGGAUGAUGGUAAAAAUGUUGUUAUGAAGGGUGUGACACACGGUGCUUGUGAUUACCUGAUUAAACCGGUUCGUAUGGAGGCUUUGAAGAACAUAUGGCAACAUGUGGUUCGGAAGAAGAAAAAUGACUGGAAAGAUUCGGAACAGUCGGGUAGUGCUGAUGAAGGAGAUCGACAUCCAAAGGCGUCUGAUGAUGCUGAUUAUUCGUCUUCUGCUAAUGAAAGUAAUUGGAGAAGCUCGAGAAAGAGAAGGGAUGAUGAAGAGGAUGGCGAUGAUAGAGAUGACUCAUCCACACUAAAGAAGCCCCGGGUUGUUUGGUCUGUCGAGCUCCAUCAACAGUUUGUGGCUGCUGUCGAUCAACUAGGAAUUGACAAGGCUGUUCCUAAAAAAAUUCUGGAAUUGAUGAAUGUUCCUGGGCUCACCCGAGAAAAUGUUGCUAGCCACCUGCAGAAAUAUCGAUUGUAUCUUCGAAGGCUAAGUGGAGUUUCUCAGCACCAGAACAACUCAUUUCUCAGCCCGCAAGAGGCGUCAUUUGGGACAAUUUCUUCAAUGAAUGGUCUUGAUCUGCAAACUCUUGCAGCUGCAGGCCAGCUCCCAGCACAGAGUUUAGCCACUCUUCAAGCUGCAGGACUUGGUAGGUCAGCUGUAAAAUCAGGCUUAGCUAUGCCUCUCAUGGAUCAAAGAAACCUUUUCAGUUUCGAAAACCCGAGGUUGAGAUUUGGAGAAGGGCAGCAACAACUUUUGAGCAAUAAUAAAACAAAUCUUCUUCACGGAGUUCCAACUAACAUGGAGCCUAAGCAGCUUGCCAAUUUGCACCAGUCUGCAGCUCAAUCCCUUGGCAACUUGAAUAUGCGAGUCCCUGGUUCGUCAACACAGGGAAAUCCCUUAUUGAUGCAGAUGCCACAACAAUCCCAACCUAGAGGUCAGAUGCUAAGUGAAAAUAUCAGUCCCCGUAUUCCCAGACUACCAAACCUCUUGGGGCAGUCUACUGUAUCAAAUGGAAUUUCCGACGGUCUUUUAGGGAGAAACGGCAUAGCUAGUAGCAGCAGAGGGCCUUCAUUUAAUUCUGUUCAACAGAGCUCUAUGUUUUUUAAUUCUCCCAUGAAUCAAAGCACUGAAAUGUCUGUUACUAAUUUUCCUCUCGGAAGCACUCCAGGUAUAUCUAGUAUCACAACCAAAGGCACAUUUCAACCUGAAGUUAAUUCGGGUAUUAAAGGAUCAGCUGGAUUUCCAAGUUAUGAUAUUUUUAACGAACUGAACCAUCAGAAGCCUCGGGAUUGGGGAAUGACAAACCCCGGUCUAACAUAUGAUUCCUCGCAGCAUGCAAAUCCUUUACAUGGUAACAUCGAUGUCUCGCCAUCAGUUUUAGUUCAUCAGGGUUAUUCUUCUACGCCACAAAAUGGACAUAACAGAGAUAACUCUUUGAUUGGAAAAUCUCCAUUUUCUCUUGGAGAAAGCUCGGAACAAGGUCAUUUCCAAAAUGGCGUUCAAAACUUCAAUCCCCUUGUUGAAAAUUCAACAAGGGUUAUUAAGUCUGAAAUAGUUCCAGACGCGAGCUCCCAGACUAGUCUCUUCCCUGAUCAUUACGGACAGGAGGAUCUUAUGAGUGUACUUCUGAAACAGCAGGAAGGCAUUGUACAAGGCGAGAAUGAGUUUGACUUCGACGGAUAUUCUCUGGACAACAUUCCUGUCUAG